AAACGUACAACGGGGAUGCAGCUUUAUUUUCUAUAAAAGUAGAGCCAAUUUCGAACGGGUCAGCAGUCGGCGGAAUAUACCGUUAUAGAUUCUAUUUAGAAAAAAAAUGGUUCGAUCAGGAUACUAUUAUUGUGAACAACUGAGCUGGACAAGAACAGCUUCUUGACAAAAAUGCUGCAUGGGCUCGGAUAACAAUCAGCUCGGGAUUUCUUGAGGUUACAGGCAGGAAAGCAUGCAGAACGGCAUAAAAGAUACCGGAUCGUCUGAUAUUAGUUGGAUAACGUGCAGGAUUAACAUGGCGGUUAUUCAUCUUCGCGUGGAGAUGAUAUCUUGAGGCAAAAUGUCGCUCUCGUCAUUGACAUGUGAUUGCCGGGUCGUAUUACAGCAGCAAGAUGCGUGGAUCACAGCAAACUGAAUAUUCAUCGCCAGUUUAAUAAGAAAUGUAAUUCAGGCAUUCGUUCUUGAUUGAAUAAAUCAUCAAUUCAAUUGUUUCAGCGGGCACGUAGCCGCAAUCAACGGGUCUGUUGAAUCACUGGACACUGAACAUGAUAUUGCCAAAAAUUCUUCGACUGAUGCGUGUCGUCCUAUGACAGGGGUCUAAUUUCAACCACAAAAAACCGGCUUUAUCUCCUUGACACUUACUAACAGGUCUUCAGUCUAUCAAGGAAAGCAUGGACCUACUAAAUUAACACAUGAGAGGUGAUUCAUGACCUGUACUUUUGCCGCAUGCACCUAUACGUUGUAUUGUAAUUUAUGUAGCAGUUUGACAAACGUUAUGUAGUGAAGAUCCGGUUGUGCUUUAAUACGAGACUAGGUUUAUUACUGCCCAUGUGAUAAGGAGUUACAUCCUUUCAAAGUUAAGAGCAGAUCUGACUUGUUGCUUCCGCGGUUAAACGAAUGUGGUAGAUUCAGCUGAAUGCAGCGUGGGGCUCUUAAGCAGAACUUAUUCGGCUUCCCAAUUGUUCGUUGUUCAUUUUUCGACUCUUACAAUCGGAUUAUGGCGAUAAUCUGCUUUGUGUAGAACUAUUGUUACGAAAACUAUCAUCGUUCACUAGCCGCUCAUCAGUACUACUGUCUAAGCAUGGUGAAAUCGUGUAACCAUUCUGAUUUGUAUUCAUUACAGUGUGUACUUUAGUUCUACUUAACAGAAGCAGAAGGGUGUAUUUCAAGGUAUCCAGUGGAUGUGUUCAUAGGUCAACGCGGAGGGCGCUACGCGUAGCAGGAGGAUUCCUCAACACUCUUGAUCUACCGCAAUUCAAAUUCACCAUGGCUCUAAUGCGUACGUUUUACCGAUGUGGCAGGGGCUUCACCUUCGCCACCGUCUUUGCCGUAGCAUUCAUCAUAACCCUCAAUAAUAUAAUAUCAUACCAACCCGUGGAUGACUACACUCGAGAGAAUUCCAGAGACUACAGCUUCGGAUCAACCAACGACACGAAACCCCAGAGUAUACCUUUUCCAGAUCUGGCCAAGAAGGCUCAAUGGUUUACAAUGUACGCUUUAACUGAUCAACAAAAAGCAGUGGAAAAUUGGAAACUAAGCCCGGAUCGGCACAAUUACCAUUACCUCCACAACCCGGCGCAUAUAUGUGCAGAUGAAGCAGGUCCUUCAGAUAUCCUUUUGGUUAUAUUUGUCAAUUCUUCUCCGGGGAAUGCCGGGAAGAGGGCGUAUAUACGAAACACCUUUGGUAGCUAUUACGAGUGGCCAACGCACGAAGGAGGUGCCUCUGUCAUGCGCGUUGUGUUUUUACUCGGCGCGGUCAAGGACACGAGACUACAAGCAGACAUCAACCUUGAAUCUGACAUCUACAAAGACAUCGUGCAGGAGUCUUUCAUCGAUGACUACCUGAACCUGACGCGGAAGACUGUCAUGGGGAUGAAGUGGGUUACCAAAUAUUGCAGGAACGCCAAGUACACGAUGAAAGUGGACGAUGAUAUCAUCAUCAACGCGCCCCUGGUCUACACCAUCCUCCAGACUGCAUCUCCCACUAACUUCACUCUAGGGACAGUUCUUCGGAAAGCCACUCCGGUUCGUUCACCAAGAGGACAAUACGGGAAGUUCCUCACCCCACUGACGUUGUACCCUCACAAGGUCUACCCUCCAUACUUCAACGGCCAUGCCUAUCUACUUUCCACGGACGUCGUCGAGAACAUCUACCGCGUUUCCAUGGAAACGGACCUCUUUCCUUGGUCCGACGUCUUCAUUGGAAUGUGCCUAAAUAAACUUGGGAUUCGAUUGCGCCAUUCGAGCCGCUUUCUGAGCCUAAAAUUCCCGAUGGCCACCAAGACGCAGUUGUCGGAGGAGGGGAAUGCCCUGGAUGAGAUUCGGGAAUACGUUAGCGUUUUUCAUUUUACUGUACCAAUUAUGAAUCAGUUAUGGGAGAUUUGGACUCGAGAUCUUUGAAUACUCGUCAUCAUUCAUCUUGUUCACAUUCCAAUGUACCGGGCGAAUAAGAAACAAAAUAAAUUGUGAUAAUUUUCAAUUGAAUGAAUAUUAAUUAGGUGACGAUCAAACUUAAAACAAAUUGAAGUUCACCUUAUUCAUCUAUUUGAAUCCUCAAAUACUUUGAUUAUGGUUCUAGGACCAAAACAAUGUCCUUUUAAAAAACAUAGGUAUGCAAAAUUAUAUUUUAAAUGGUUCACUUCCUUUGCAGAUUGCGAGUAUAUGUGCCUUUUGACAUGAUAAUACAAUUGUUUAAACACUACUAGGUGUAUUAUCGAAGCGACAGUUUAAUUAUCUGUAGGUUAACUUUGGCCAUACUUUUAUGAAGUGCCAGCUGCUAUCUUAUCUGUCAAGAGAAAAAUAUCCCAAUCCUCCAAAAGAAAAAUGAAAUUUGUCGAAAAUAAAUUGAAUCAUGAAAUGAGAAAAAUUGGAAAAUAAAAUGAAUUUCAUUGAAUUAUUUGCUACAUAAGAUAAAAGAUAUACUUCAGCACCCCAUAAAAGUAUGUACUAAAGUUCAUAGGGUUAAAUAGGGUUAUUUAUCAGAAUACAACUUUGUGUUUGAUUAAAAGUAAUUAUAUCUGUAACUUCUGAAGGUUUCCAUGGCGAAGAAGAAUAGUGUAGUAGGUUUCACGGUAUAGCAUGUAUCUUUCUUGGGCAAGUGUCGGUCUUGAAAAGGACCACCCAAUCUCUAAUUUUAUCUGUAUAUAUCGAUUUGUUUUGGAAGCGGAAGCUUUGAAAAAAAUGAAACAGAAACAAGUGAUAAUAUUCAUAUACCCGCACGUCUUUCAUCUCCAAAUUUUGAUGGUAAUUGCUUGUUUUAUGUUAAGCAUGAAAAAUAAACCACCAGCAACUUUACAUGUACAUAAUAUCUCGACUAAAAUUAUUGAGCCAUGCACGAUCGCAGAAACCUAAACAAUGAAUUAUAUAAACAUGUUGGGUCGUCACUCGUGUAAUACUUCCCCACCAUGCAUUGAAUAUUAUGAAUUCUGUUUCAUUUUUAGCAACUAAUAUUGCAAUAAUUUCGAUCAAAAAAUUCCAGGGUCAGAUGCAAUAAGUAGAGAAUUAAGUCCUAUACCAGUGGAAAAUGAUAUACCACUAAUAAUGAAGAUAUGAUAAAUUCAAUAAUACAAACUUUAAGAACUAUAUAAAGCAUCAAUUGUUAAUAUUUCAUGUCUUUUUGAUCAUGUGCCUUAUUCAACUUCGUCUAUGAUGUAUCUAAUUUAUUUUAUCAACUUGAGAAGAUGAUCAUUACACAGUACACGCUGUUUAAUUCAUAUACUUUUUAUACAACGCUACUUAGUCCAUGAACUUUAAACAGGUGUUUAAAAUUUCAAACACCCACGCUUAACUUAUUGAAGAUGAAAUAUCAAAUAUGAAACAACUACUCCAAAAAAUUCAUAGUAAACAGGUUGUUUAAAAACGUUGAAAAAUAAACAACAUUUUACUAUUAUACUAUUAUCAUGUCAUCAUGAAACGUGAUAUCCAUUAUUACUGAUGUUGUGUUCCCUUUGAAAAAUUGUUUAAUGUUCGGAUGCUGAGUAAAAAAAUAAUGGUCUAUAUAUAUUACUGACUUGUAUACAACUAGUCAUAAGUGACUCAAUUUUAGUCAAAAGUUAUUAAAUAUCCCAACUGUUCACAAGCAUGGCAUAUGCACCAACCUACACCUUCGUUGAAGCUAAACCACAGAUCUAUUCAUGGGCGGUGUCACAGUGGUAUAGGGGCUGGGGACGUCGGACUGCCGCAUUAAGAGAAUGGGGUAAUCGCCCCUGUCGUUUUUUUUUUUCUUCAAAGAAGUAAGGGCGAAGGAAAUGAAUAUUUCAAAGGAGGGAGAAGAAGAAAUGAUAGUAGCCCUCUUCAAAAUGAGGUCACGACUGUGUAACGCUAAACACCUAUUAUUCAUGUAAGAUAACUGGCGAUACGAUUAGGUCAACGCCCAUCGCUUAAGGUCAUUUGCACCACCCCCCCCCUCAUAAUCACAAUAAAAAAAGUUUUAAACUUUUAAGUUUUAAACUUUUGUACAACAAUAUUUGAUACAAACCUUACAGUAGUUCUUUAACUAUUUAAACAAAAAUGCUUGAUUUAUUGAGAAUCAAAUACUGAUAAAAAUUCGUUGUUAAAGAUUUUAUUAACUUGUUUAAACAAUUCAGACAACUACUGUAAGGCUCAUAGUUAUAGUAAAAAGCGGUGUUGGAAUUUUAAAGCGAUUUUACUGUGUAAACAUAACACCCUUGCCCCAUAUUGCUGAGUCGUAUAACUACUACACUUUCGCUUAUUUUAACAGGCAUAUAUGAUAUAGGUCAUUUCUUACAAGACUAUAUGAUGUUUGGCAACAUACUGUCCACUGUGUUGGGUAAUGUAUGUAGGUUAAAAUAUCUGGGCGAUUAUUAUCCAAUUGAGCAAAUUUAUCACCCAAUUAUUAGCUUUUAUUUCCCAAAUUGGGCAGAAUUUAACCGAUAGUUGUGUGGGCAGUAAGUUGAACCUGGUUAGUUAAAAGUUAUUGAUUUUUCUCCCAAUUAUUUCAAGAGUGUGCAUGAAUCAGUCUGAUCAGGCGACUUGACCAAUCUGAUAGGAUUGAUUUUAAAGUGUAUUUCAGUCUCAAAAUGUGCAUUUCAGUCUUUAUUAAUUUUUUUAAAUGAUGCUAUUUGAAAUUGUAUUUAACAUGAUUUUCAAUGUCUUAAUUGCAUGAAAGUUUUAGUUGAUACGAUAGGCCCUAUGUGCACUCUUCAAAUGUUGGGCAACAUGCUGUACACGCAACAAUUAGUUUU